UCUAUGAACCCACCGCUUUCCGGGUAUUGGCAGCCCACGUGUAUUAUAGGGCUCUCCGAGCUAUACCAUCUCUGAUACGUUCUUGGUGGGCAGAUUGCAAGGAUCGGCAACUCUCUACUGCUUUCGCUAGCUAUACAGCGACUUACUUUUCUCCGAUCCUUAUCUCCUCAGAACUCUCUAACCUACGUGAUUCUCCUGAUGGAAGCGGACCUACGGCAAGGGAAAAACUAGAGGACGAGGCGCUGACGAUCAAAAUAUCCAAUUCUAUCUCUGAAGUUAGCGUCAUAUAUCUCGUCGAUGAACAACAGAUGGAAAUGGCUAUCCGUAUGCCUCUUGAGUAUCCCUUAAAACUAGGAGAUGUCAGGGAUGUCCGGCGUGUGGGUGUAGCGGAGGAUAAGUGGAGAGGAUGGCUAUUAGCAGUGCAGCAGAUCAUUGGUACACAGAAUGGUCACAUAGCAGAUGCGAUUGCUUUGUUUAAGAAAAAUGUGACAUUGCAUUUCCAGGGACAAGUGGAAUGCGCCAUUUGUUACUCCGUCACAGAUCUUCAGCUACCCACCAAGCCAUGCAAAACAUGCAAGAAUCGCUUCCAUGCAAGCUGCUUAUACAAGGUUUGUGGAUUCCACUACGACAUAGGGUGGUGCUCUGAUUUCCUUUCUAGUGGAAGUGAUAGGUUGGAUAGGACGUCUCCUUUCAUCCUCCGACCCAACAAGGACAAAUGCCUUUUUGAUCCAAAUCAUUUCGCUCAUCAUCGCACCUGCUUGGCUCAGUGCUGGAU